CACAAGUUAACCCAUAGCCACUCACUCUCACAUUAUCACAGCAACCAAGCUCGAAACAAGAGAAAAAAAAAAAUGGACGCCAUGGCGGUCUCGGCGAAGCCCACCCUCCGCGUGGCCGCUCUCAGCGGCUCCCUCCGCAACAACUCGUGGCACCACGGCCUCAUCCGCGCCGGUACGCACACAUUUUACGCUGAUUUGAUCUGCAUGCACUGCGCUGACUGUGCCUUGUAUGCAUGGUGUAGCCGAUGAGCUGUGCGAGGAGUGCAUCCCGGGGCUGCGUAUCGACCACGUCGACAUCUCCUGCCUGCCCAUGGCCAACCCGGACCUGGAGACAGACGGCGGCGACGGCUUCCCGCCGGCCGUGGAGGCGUUCCGCGACAGGGUCAGCGCUGCCGACUGCUUCCUCUUCGCCUCGCCAGAGUACAACUACUCCGUCACCGGCUCGCUCAAGAACGCGCUGGACUGGGCGUCGAGGGGCACGCACAAGUGCUGGGCGGACAAGGCGGCGGCAAUCGUCUGCGCGGGAGGCGACUUCGGCAUGCACAUUUUAACAAGCCGGAGCUCCAUAUCAGCACUAGUGGAAAACGUGUCUUUGACUUGA